AAGAGACCAGUAGGCGCCGGGUCGCGGUUCGCGCGCAUCGUGUCCCCCUCCUCAAAUAUCGACAGUGACACUAACGCAGUGAUAAGUGAACGUAAAACGUAAACAUACAGCCAACCAAAAUAUGGCCAGACUAGACCGCCAUUAAAACAAAAGAAAAAGAAGAUAGUGCUGUGUGCGCAUUUAUGAAAUACUACGGGAUUUUCUUUCGAGAUUCUCUCAACAUGUACUGCAGAGAAUGAUGGUGUCGCAGCAGAGAUACUGGAACAAUCGUAAAUACAAAUUCAAAGAGGCCAAUGACCGACAGCUGAUCGGAUUAAACAGAUUAUAUAAAUGCUGGACUGCCAGCUCUAAUGUAUGAAAACAGUGUAUUAUAUACAUAUAAGAUAGCUAGAAUGAUUAACAAAAUAAUAAUCAAACUAAGACGCCGGCGGAUAUUAACAUGCGUCGUCUUGGUGAUUCUCUGUGGCUACAUAGUGUUACAGACACUGUCCCCAGACCUUUACUUUAUUCACUGGGAUCCUUUAGAAGAUAUAUCGUGCCAUUACAUAGACCUAGACAAUAGUUUACCACGAGCCGAGAGCGAGGAGUUUCAACCGCCAUCCCGUUCAAUAUUCUUUCACGAAACGUCUUGUAAAGGAGACUUGGAUUCACGGCAAGCAUGUGCCGUAGAAUCCGCGGCCCGCGCUCACCCUGGAUGGCAGAUAAACGUUCUAUUCGCUGCUCCUGUGCAUAAAAACACUUUGAAAAACGGAAGUCUAUCAGUAUUAAGUAACUUUACAAAUAUUAGAUUAUCUAGAGUGCAUAUAACAAAUUACGCUAAAAGAACUCCUUUGGAGAGUAUGGUUUCGGGUGGUGCUUUGAACCGGACACGGUGGCGUAUAUCGCAUACAUCGGACGUGCUUCGGUAUCUGUCUUUGUACAAGUUUGGGGGGGUGUAUUUGGACUUGGAUGUGGUGGUGGCGAAGGCGCUGGACCCGCUGGUGAGGAACUGGGCGGCGAGGGAGACGGACACGGCGGUGGCUGCUGGGGCCCUGGCGUUCUCGAGGGACGAGCUUGGGAGGAGCGUUGCUGAGGCGGCCAUCAGGGAUAUGAAGAACAACUACAGAGGCGACGUGUGGGGCUACAACGGGCCUGGCGUGAUCACGCGCAUCCUCAAGCAGCAGUGCUCGACCAGCAACCUCAGCCAAAUGUCCGCCGCUACUUGCAACGGUUUCGAGGUGUACGGUCCCCAGUUCUUCUACCCGGUGGAAUACUGGAAAGGCUGGGAAUACUUCGAGCCGGGCGAAAUUAAAUUAGAAGACACCGCUUACAUUUUCCACGUGUGGAACAAACUGACAGGUCACCUCGCAGUACAUAAGGACUCUCCUUAUGCUAAAUUGGCAAGGAAAUACUGUCCCAGCAUUUAUAAUUUAUAUGGCAAAGACUUUAUACUACCUGUUCAGAAGUAACCGUGAAUCUAAGGUGUUAGAGUUAGACCAAGGUAACUUGACAGUGAUUUUGCUAGCACAGACUGUGCAAGUGUUAUUUUAAAAGCGAUAAUUUCAUAGAAGUAUGACGUUUAUGAUACCACUUCGACUGACUCUCUAUCUCUAUACUCGGCAUACUCGUCUCUUUACAGGAUUAAAAGCUUACAAAAGA